AGUCAACAAUAGGGAAUCCAAGAUCACUUCACCUCUCCCUGGAGCCUGAAAAUGGAUUCUUGAGGCCCUUUUAUUCUGUGAAGUUGGCAGGGUGUCAUUGACCACCCGCUCAGAAGGGUGUCUGGGAAGAAAAAUAAAAGGCACUCAAACGCGGCAAUGUCAUAAAAUCUCCCUGCUCCCGAAACCGUAAACUGUGUCAAGUCAAAGACACCUGGGUGGAGGCUCACCAUGCAGUUACUGACCGCAGUGAACCCACAGUCACUGAACACUCCCAGCUGGAAGAUCGAGAGCAAGUAUUCAACCCACGUGCUCACUGGAAACUGGGUGGAAGAGAGGAAGAAGUUCACCAAGGCCACUGAGAAGACUCUCCAGUCCAUUUACGGGAAAGAGUACAUUCCCUUCCCUGGCUACAGACCGGACCAGGUCUCCAGGUGGAACUGGAGGAGUAGAAUUGAGGGGCUGCCGUACAAGCACAUCUUCACCCACCACCAGGAGCCGUCGCACCGCCACCUGAUCAGCACGUACGACGACCACUACAACCGGCACAAUUACAACCCGGGCCUGCCCUCACGCCGCAGCUGGGGCAAACAUAAGUUGCAGUGGCUUCCAGAGAGAUCCGACUUCCCUCUUCUGGCUCCCCCUACAAACUACGGACUUUACGAGCGGCUGAAGCAGGGAUGGUUCCCUCCCAAGGCUGGCCUGAGAGAGAGUGUCUACACUGUGUCCUACCCCCGGCCCCCGCUGUGUGCCCUGUCCCGGCGGGAGCACGCCAUCCCAGUCCCUCCCCCUCGCCUGCACCCUGUCCCACGUUUCUGAGAACCCCCUCCCCCCCUCCCCCGCCACGGGUGGCCCAGGCAGCACCAACCGGAGACCCACUGCACCGCACCGUGGGGCCUGCUGGGCGGGAGGCACUGCAGAGACAGCCCGAGCUCCGAAUCCAGCCCGUGGGAGGGGCCCUCAGAACUACGGUCUGGGUUUAGGGCUCCCGCCCCUCCUCCACGCCCGUGGUUCCUGCCUUUCCCAUCCCACAAUUAAAGCUCUUUGACAUGGUGGCGUGUCAUGUGUGUGCAGAAGGUAAGACUGUUAGAAGAGAUGGAAGGACCCUUAAGUUCCACUCCCUCGUUUCACCGGAGGGGAAACUGAGGCCCAGAGAGGCCAUGGGACUCCUUCAAGCCCUCACAGCUGGGUGUAUACCUCCCAGGAGUCUCUGAUCCAAUGGGAGGAACAAAUCUGACUCCAAGACGCUUCUUGAAAACUCCACGGAAUAGUCACAUGGGCUCACGGGGAGGGCAGCCCAGAAGGAGUCCAGCGGGUGUGUCGUUGCCCCCGCAGACGUGCCCUUGAACCCCAGGGCUCAGAGGAAGGGAAGACAUGCAGAGUCUGCCCCCCCCUUCCUAACUCUCAGAUCUCUGUAGGAGUUUGGGGAUGGGGAGUUAUUCGGUGAGAGGCUGGGAGGGAAUGCGGACCCCUGGCACACAGACUCGGGGGCCGUCCUCGCCCAGGAUGGAGUCCCCUGCCACGUGCGUCACCACCUGCUGUGGGGGCCACCCGGGGCUGCGAGCAGCUCCUCCCCGAUCUGCCCCCUUGGACUGUCCGUGCUGGAACCACAGAGCCUUCCUGUGAAUAGCCUCUCUCCGCCUUACGCCCCCUCCCCAACUGUUUGCACCCGCUACUGUAGAGACAGUGCCGGGUAUUCAGUGGGUGCUUACUAAUCGCUGGCUGGGCGAACGAGUGAACCCUUGUCUCUCGGAGCUUCUCUGUGAACCCAUGCUCUGCCCCACUUGCAACGGCCCUCCUGUUCUCCGUCUGGGGUGAGCCCCUCCGUCCAGCUGCUUCCUGUCGCAGUAAGAACGGGCAACAUGGGAGCGAGACUCCACGGACUGGGGAAAAGGCUUCCCAGGGU